AUGUUUCGUUCGUCCUUUGUGGACGAGAAUUCAAACCCGUGGUCCUCAUCUUCGACGUACAUUCACGUAGGAUCUUUACAAAAUAUCCUUAAGUUUGCGGAGAAAUCUGGUCAUAUUGACAGGGUAAGUUUUAAGGUUAACUUAAGUUUGUCAACAUUAUAUUUAAUAAACACCAUAUUGAUGAAAAUCAUUGUUAUUCGAUGUGAGUGAAUCGAUUAAUAUUGGUAGUCGAUGAAUAAUCGAUGGCUGACUUUUCUGUGACUAUUCACCACAAUAUUUAAUGUGACAAAAAAGAUUUGCCAUCUCGCAAUUAUGACAUUGAUUGGCAGGAAAUUAUUAUUGACAAUAAAUGAUCAGCAUGGUGACUUACAGUGAUCACUCAGGCCUGUUUCAGACGUCAUACUAUUGCCGUGCUAAGCUCGCUCGACUGUAGCUCAACUGCAGUACGACACUAGCACAACUUGGUUUCAGACGUCGAAUUUAAUUCAGUCGAAUAGAACGGCUGUUGAUGAGAACAAAACACAAAAACAAAGAAACAGUUUAGCAAACUUUUAAAUGUAUUCUAAUGUAUUUAUAAUUUAUGAAUUGAGUUCGGCACGGUGGUAGCACGACGUUUGAAACCAAGUUGAGCUACUGCCCUGUAGCACGGCAAGGCUUGCCGUGCUACACGGCAGUAGCACGGCUUGGUUUCAAACAUCGCACUACUGCUGUGCUUAAGUCGAAUUUAAUUCGAUCAAUUGAGUUCGGCACGGCAAAUGGCCCUCAUGUUCUCUGUUUUCAUCCUUAAACACUAAAGUUGUGUUUGUGUGGAUAAUGUCAGUGGAUCAAAUUUGUUUGCAUUGAGAAAUGAAUAGGACUAUAUAGAGAGCAAACUUCAAUGCAAUGAAAAUUUGGAGACGUUUUAGAUAUUUUAAAAUAUAAUCAUGAGUAUUUCAACUUCUUAUAGAAGAAUUCAAACUUUGAGGAAAUCAAAAGAAAAGUAGAAACAACUUCUCCAUCAGUGAUACUAAUAACACUUCUGAGAGAAAUCACAAGGCUUGGGAAAGCUUUGGACAAGGUAUUUCUUUAACUCCCAAUCUACCAGUAUUGCUUGUUUAUACAUUUUAUGAUAAUUAUAUGCAGACAAGACAAGUCACAACUUUUAUUAAGCCAACAAACUUGCAUGAUGUCAUCUGUGCUAAAGGUUCCAAGAACAAUGAACAGCAAACGGCUUGGUAAAUUUAAUUUUUGCAACCCCCCAUGUACAAGGAAGAGUACAUUAUUACUCAAGGUUGCCUAGCACCAAGAGUCAUAAUCUGCAAGCCGUUUUCUUUCUUCGUAUUUAGGACACGAAAAAAAAAUUCAGUUUAUCUAAGACAGAAGGAAAGCCAAUAACAAAAAUUUUAAAGAACAAACUUGUGUUGUCUGUCUUUUGUCUUUCAUGAUAUUGAUAAAUAAUUGAAAAAUUCUGGAAUGAAUUGUGGCUGAGGUUCUGUAAUAGAGUUAUCAUAUUGGGAAGGCAGGAUGGCCAAAAGGUCCUGAGUUGGAGUCUUACCAAUCCCACCACUAGCUGGAUUUGUUCCUCGGUCAUUCGGAAUUCAAAUUCUCAGACAUGCUUGUAAAUAGCCAACUGGUUGGCUCUUGCCGGUUGGGGUUUUUAAUCCUGGAUUAGUUGUUUGUCACAAGCGGAGUACCUGUAAACUUUGGCUGGCAAGGUGCAAAGAAAGUCAGUUAUACAGCUUGUCAUUCAGGAAAGCAGUAGGUAUAAUGUAAUAGCCCAAAAGUCAUUUUAACUAGCCCGAUGAUGAGCAGGGUUGAUAACUGUCCUUUUGUGAUUAGAAUCCCCUAAAAGAAUUUCACCUACCAGGCGGGCAAGUUAAGAACAGAAUUCACCAACCCAACAGUAAAAUCCACUAGCCUCGGUCUAUCGGACACGACGUUCUUUGCACGCUGGCUGGAAAGCUAAGUGCACUUUAAUCCUAUCUAAACAAACCUUAACCUUUUACCUUUUUACAGUGUACUUAUCAUCAAAGUACCACAAUACCAAAAGGAUACCCUGUGCACCUCUAAAACUUUAACUUACCGUAAAAUUCCGAAAAUAAGCCCUGGGGCUUAUAUUUCUCAAAGGCCCUUUUUGAGGGGCCUAUAUUCAGAGGGGCUUAUCUAGUGAGGGAAAUUUGCGUUUCAAAAUCGAUUGGGCUAGCCUUAUACUUGCAAGGAAAUUUAUCGUUUUUGCUUUGGUUUACUUUGUAUUUGAGGGCAAUUUCCAAGUACCAGCCCCCAGGGGGCUUAUAUUUGGAGGGGCAAUUUAACGGAGGGGUUUUUGCAUUAUGAGUUUGGGGGGCUUAUACAUGGAGGGGCUUAUUUUCAGAAUUUUACGGUAUCCCACCACACAUACCAAAGGUUACACAUACCUUUACAGAGUAGCUCAAACAAGGAAAUAUCUCCUUUGGGGGGAAAUACUCUUAAAAUAAACUUUCCCAGGAGCUAAAUUCUGGCUAUUCAUAUUAAUUUGACUCUCCACGAAUUGAAUAUCAAAAUAGUGGUUACAGAUGAAGGUAAAUUUGUCUUUAUGGUCUCUCUCUCCAAUCAAGGUUAACCUUGAAAUUCAGUGCCAUUUAAAGGAAGCUGAAACAAAAGAUAUCACUCAUGUGGAUAUACUUGGUAAUUUAUUUAUAAUAAUAUGUACUUUAAAUUAAUUAUGCAGCAUGGAUAUUGUCCUUUUGUCAUGAAGAGUCAUGAAAGGACCUGAGGCUUGUUUUUUGGAGAAAGGGGUGGAAUUGUGAAGUGCAUUAACUGACUCAGUAAUAGUCCAUCAUUACUCCCCUUGCUGGUUUCCCUCGUUUGAAUCCAGUUAAAUUUGAACAACAUUCUGAGACUUUAAGAUGCUUUAAUCUACUUUUUGUUGUAAAAGGUUUAGCCGUAACACAAAUGAACAUGUUUCAAACUGGUUUUUAAGUUUUGUAUUUGUAAAAAUAUGGUUAAGUUGCCAUCCGUAUUAAAAAAAGCUGUAUAUAGUAUCCAUUUGAUUUAAAUUCUGCUACAUUGUGAUUAAGUGCUGCUGAAAAUAAAUAAUACUAAUAAUAAGGUACAUAGUGUAACUUAAAACUGGAUGACAAAAAUUGUUAGCCUCUCACGCUGACAUUUCGGGGGAGAGACAUGUUUCAAAGCCCUAAUGGCGUCUGCUAGGGAGACCACAAUAUUUUAUACUUCUUAAUAAUUUUCCUUGGUCUCCCUUGACUAUAAUACUUUUAAAACAGUUAAGUUUGUUAUACAGGACAGAGAUGUCAUCAUUUAGAACAGAUCUCUGGUCAACUGUCUGCCAUCAUUGAGAAAAAAGAUGAACUCAUUUCAAGACUGCAACAACCAUUUGUUGGAGAAUUCUUGGAGAUUGAUGCAGCCCAUCACAAGUAAGCUAACUAACAACUUGUUACAAUAUAUUUUAUUAAGUGAUUUCAGAAACGGACAAUUAAUGGGCAUGUAUAUAAUAAUCCAGGUGGCACGCUGUCAAGUUUAGAGGGGUCACCACAUUCAAUAUUGAAUUUUCCACUGCAUGUUGAGUAGCCUAUUAGCAAAGCUCUCCGGGGUGCUCGCAAACUACACAUUGAGCUGUAGCAUUUUUUUUCACCCCGGGGAGCUACUCGAGUCAUUUUUUGCUGGGUAUGUGCCGCUGUUCUCUCAGAACCCCUAGCCCAUUGUAGUCUAUUGUGUGGCCAAUUAUAGACCCCACUUUAGUCACUUUUGGGUAAAUGUAAUAUACUUAGCCACUUUCUGUUUGUGCAUCUAUCUGAUAAAGCCUUUUAGGUCAGCAAUCCUAAAAUGAACUGGCCCAUUUUUUUCAAAUUCCUGGACACAAAAAAACUCUCCACCCCCAAAUCCCAAAAAUGUGUUUGUGACCUCAUUCUAGUAACUCUUAUGAAAUUGUAACCCCAUUAUAGUCAAUCCAGUCGUAAAUUUACUACCCCAUAUAGAGGCACAUCCCCAUUAGCUAGGAAGUACCCUCCCCGGGGAAAUCAAGUUGCAGUAACGAUCGCUGGAUGAGAUAAUCAAUCUUUUGGCUCUUUUACGUCGUAUUUGUUAAGAUUUAUUUUAGCAGCUCUCAUUUGAUUGACGUCUUCCCAAGUUGACACCAUGCUUCACCCCUCAACUUUCAUCUGAAAGAAAUCUCAAGUUCACUUUUAAAUUGUCAAACAAUUAUUUUUUUUUUUGAAGAAAUUAGGCUCUUUCUUCGCGUCAGGAAACGUGUUGUCCCCAUAUGAACGCUUGCCACGCCAGGUAUUGUUACAUGUAAUUGCGUCCCAAGGGCGCAGUUGUAAUCACGUCUCUUGUCGACCCUUUCUCUGUUUUCAACGCCACUUUCGAUGCCUCCACAAAAUUCUUUUCGCGGGCUUUCUCUCGACCAGGAUCUUAUAUAUAUUUCACCCUCGCCCUUUCACCCUGUUAGAGUAUAGACUCAGUCGUAGUUCGUAAUUUACUAUAAACGUAAUACUCCUUUUUUUCCUCGCUAGGAACACAGCAGAGAUUUUGCCCAUGAUCUCAUCAAACUUGGCUAGUUUCCCUGUGCUGCUAGAAAAUAUAACGUGGAUAAGAAACUUCUCACUGGCAGAUGGCCAGUUGGUAGGUCAAUCACGUGUCUCGCAGAGUGGGUUUGGAAAACUUAUUAAAGACAGUUGGGCACUUAAUGUCUUUAUUUGUUACUUCCGUUUCCUAUCCAUCUCUCAAAUAUCCUUUAUGAACGGGUUUCCGCAAAGCGGGGUUCCACCGCAGGACUGCAAACUUUUUCGCGACAUAUUUUUUCUUAUCAAGUUAGUUCGACGUUUGAUCUAGCAGUCGAACUCAACGGGUCGACCUAAAUGGUAAUUUGGUUCGUCUUACGAAAAGUUCGACUUUUGGCAUUGGCUUUAGUUUCUCUUAAAAACUAUAGACCCUUCAUGGGAGGCAAGUUUUUCAGUCUUCUCUACAUCAACACAUGUUUUCUUUCCUGUUUGUAGCUGGGGGUCCUGUCCUCUAUCGAGUCAUCAUUUGCUGAGAUUCAAAGCUUCUAUCAAGCAUUGUGUCAGAGUCGAAAGCUCAUGGCGCAACUUGGGAAGGAACAUGGAAAACAGAUGAAUUCACUGGAAACUGUUUACUCAUAAUUGUUUGUCCACAAUUCUAAGCAUAGAAAUCAUUGUUUAACAAGCAGACACAACACGACGGACACUUGUAUUUACUC